AUGCAUUUCUCGAAGGGAAUGAUUGUCGCCGCUGCCGUAGGCAUCGCGCAGGCGCAAACACCUAAAGGCUUCACGCCCGCAGCAACCUCCCAACUAGACGUCAUUUUCAACACCACAAAGGUCAGCACACCAGGCGAACUCCUUACCAAAGCCGCGACCGCCUCCCAACCCCAGCUCGCCCUCCCCUCCUCCGCGGUCAGCUCAAAUGAAACCUACGUUUUCGUCAUGCUGGACUUGGAUGUCCCGCCCCAAGGCGGAAACGCCACGCGCCGCGUCCUUUUGCACGCCAUGAACGCGGGCUUCAAAGCCACCAAGCAAUCCGUUGCCGGGGGCGCCGUCCUGCUCGCCUCUUCCGAGAAAGGGCCCGCGAGCUACAUCGGCCCUGGGCCCCCUGCUUCAGACACGAUCCCCCACCGUUAUACUCAAUUGUUAUUCAAGCAGCCUGAGAGCUUGAAAGUGAGUGCGAAUGAUUUCGCGAACACGCAAGCGAGGAUUGGCUUUGAUAUGGCGGCUUUCGCAAAAACAAACAAACUCGGUGAGCCAGUGGCCGGUAAUUUCUUCAUGGUGGAUGGACGGGCGAAUGCGGCUGCUGGUGGUGCGACGGGGACUAGGGGUGCGGGUGGUGCCAGGCAGACUGGUGGUGGUGGCAGCCGGGGCAACGGCACGAGUCCUCAAUUCGAAGGCAAGGUUGGUGCUGUCGAGCUGCCGUGGGCAAUGGCGGCAAUGGUUGGUGUAAGUGGCGCUGCUCUGUUGGGCUUGUAG